AAAAUCUUUCUUAUUUAUUUUAUUUUAUGAAAAGGAGCGAAAUCCGAAAGGACCCAACCCAAGAUAAUCGCAGCCGUUGGAAUCACAACACAAGCAGCGGAGAGUCCUCACACGUUCGCUCGCUCGUGUCACGACACCCGAGAAGCAUCCAAUGUGAAGGCAACCCGUCUCGCUUCGUCUGUAUCCUCUGCCCCAUCUCCUUUACACUGCCAUCACUCUUUUCUUCUUUCCUCUUUCCAAAACCUUUUUCACAUUCUCGUUGUACUUUACUUUUUCUCCUCUUCUUAAUCUUUAUUCUUUCUGGCAAAAAUCAAAAACCACAGGGGAGAGGGCAAAUGGCAGAUUGGGGUCCUGUCUUAGUAGCAACAGUGCUGUUCGUUCUGUUGAGUCCUGGACUAUUGUUUCAGAUACCUGGCAGAAACAAGGUUGUCGAGUUUGGGAACAUGCAAACUAGUGGAGCUUCCAUUCUUGUCCACGCUAUUAUCUACUUCGGUCUCAUUACUGUCUUUUGUAUUGCCAUUGGAGUUCACAUCUAUGCUUCGCAAUGAUCUUUGAUUUUGUACCCUUAGUUUCUCAUUUUUAAUAGUUUUUUUUUUUGUUAUUAUUUAUGUUGAUGUUCUUGUUGUUUUGAUUUUGCUCGAUCUGUAAUCAUGGAAGCGAUGUCUUAAGUUAUAUAGUGUUUAAGCCUUUUUCUCUUUUGGUUGAUCUGUGAAAUGUUUUUGGGUUUGUAACUGAAUAGAAACGAAGCAUAUUUUUCA